AGAGGCUGGAAGGAUGACUCCAUGCUUUGCCGCCAUUUUAUUUCUCGGCCUUUCAUCCCCGGCCACCGCCCUCAACUUCACCCAGGUCUUUGAGUGGAAGGAACUGGACUACGAGUGGCCUUCCGAAGCCCGCAGGACACAGGCCUUGACAGAUAAAACUUUCAAACCAGAGAAUAUUAUACUUUCUCACUUGGCAAUCUACGGAACGAGGCUCUUCCUCAGCCUUGAGAAAUUAAAUGGCAUUCCGGCGACUCUGGUGUCUUUGUCGACGAGCAGCGAGUCCUACGAACCCCCGAAGAUGACUCCAUUCCCUUCGUGGGAAAUGCAUGGCUAUGAAGAUUGCAACAAAAUUGAACGAGCAAGAGGGCUGGAAAUGGAUUCCGUUGGCAGGCUGUGGGUGCUGGACAGCGGUACCAAAAAUUGCAAUUCCAAACUAUGGAUUUUUGACUUGUCCAACAACGAUCAGACCAAACUCUUUCACCAGUUUUCGUUUUCCUCUCGCAUGUACGACUUGGUGCUCGACGAAACAACCAACAGAACCUUAGCCUACAUCACGCGGGGUUUUGAAGAAAACCUUGUCGUGUUUAGUUUGGACAUAAAGGGAACAAAGAAAUCUUGGAUUGUGCUCACGCUAGGAAUCAAGGUGUUGUCCGUUGCCCUUUCCCCUAAGAAGGAACGGAGAAAGCUCUACCUUGGCAAACACCACUCCACAGAACUAUAUUCAAUUCCCGUUGCCGGCGAUCUUCGCUCUGGAAUUCGAACUCUAAAUCCGGAACUAAUCGGAAAAUGGAAUCAAGUCAAUGCAUACAGAAUGCUGAUGGACAACCACGGAACCUUGUAUGCCGCCAUUUGGGGGGAGACUUACACUUCCUUUUGGAAAACUUCCCAGCCAUUUUGGGAGCAGUGUUUUUAUGAGGACGACGGACUGGAAAUUAGUGGUGUUUAUAAGUUUACUUUUGCCUUGGACCAAAAUGGAACUCUUUGGAUGAUGGUAUUUGAUGAAAAAAGACAGCCAAAACACAAGCUUUUGAAGGCAGCUGUCAGUGGUGGCGAAGCCCAAAGCAGAAAACUGAUCGACUCGAGCGUAUUCGUCGUUUUUCUCUUUGCCAUGGCUAUUUCGUAGUUCUACCAACGCGGGCUUCAAAUCAUUCUCAGUUAAAAUGACGGCUUAAUUUUUCUGGACUUAUUGAGAACUGUGUUUUUAGCUUCUUGAUUAUGCAUUAAUCACGAAAGAAAAGAAGAAAUUUAAAAAUGGCCAAUUGAAAGCGCGAUUGAAAGCCUUUUGAUAAUUGUAAGAGUCACCUAUAUAAACUGUUCAAUAAACCCUAAUCAUUAAUAUGUGGCUUUGAUUAACUCUAAACUAAAGACGCCUUUUUGCUUUUUUUUAUCAUUUAUAUUUAUUUUGAGCCAAUAUGUACAGGGGCGACUA